GAGGUGGCGGACUACAGCUCCGGUCAGGCCAAGCGCCGCCAGCGGGGUCCUGCACACGCGCCGCUGAGCAGCAGGUUAGCCUUGCUGUAGCUGCGAGUAGGCCAUGCAGAGUCUGUUUCACAACGGGGUCAGGGCCCAUACUGUCCAGUGAAGAGGCUGUGCUGAUAGAUUUAAACAGAGUCUCAAGCUAUUGCUGUGACUGAUCUUCCCUUUUCUGGCCUGACAUUCAGGGAAAGAGGAAGAGAUGGCAGUUUCUUGGGGCUCAGUGACCUAUGAAGAUGUAGCUGUGAUAUUCACUCAAGAGGAGUGGGCACUAUUGAAUCCUUCAGAGAAGAAACUCUACAGAGAUGUGAUGUGUGAAAACUUGAGGAACUUUCUUUCACUAGAAAAGAUACAAGGACAUUCCACCGAAGGCCAGCAUAUCUUGCAUGCGAGUAAACAAAGUAAUACAACAGUAAAAAUCUCUGAGGGCAAAGAUAGUCAUAAUGCUAGACUAUCUCAAGAAUGUGAAGUAUACAACAAAUUAUUCACUUAUCCUAUUCAUCUUCAAAAACAUGAAAGAAUUCACAGUGGAGAGAAUCCCUAUGAAUGUAAACUAUGUAGUAAAACAUUCAGUUCUUCCAGUCAUCUUUGGGCACAUGAAAGAACUCACAGUGGAGAGAAACCCUAUGAAUGUAAACAAUGUACUAAAACAUUCAGUCAAGCUGGUCAUCUUCAGGCACAUGAAAGAACUCACUGUGGGGAGAAACCCUAUGAAUGUAAACUAUGUAGUAAAACAUUCAGUUGUUCCAGUAGUCUUCUGGAACAUGAAAGAAUUCACAGUGGAGAGAAGUCCUAUGAAUGUAAACUAUGUAGUAAAACAUAUAGACAAUACACUCAUCUUCGGGUACAUGAAAGAAUUCACAGUGGAGAGAAACCCUAUGAAUGUAAACAGUGUAGUAAAACAUUCCGGCAAUCUGGAACUCUUCAGAAACAUGAAAGAAUUCACAGUGGAGAGAAACCCUAUGAAUGUAAACAGUGUAGUAAAACAUUCCGGCAAUCUGGAACUCUUCAGAAUCAUGAAAGAAUUCACAGUGGAGAGAAACCCUAUGAAUGCAAACAGUGUAGUAAAACAUUCAGUUCUUCCCGUAAUCUUCGGGCACAUGAAAGAACUCACAGUGGAGAGAAACCCUAUGAAUGUAAACAGUGUAGUAAAACAUUCAGUUGUUCCAGUCAUCUUCAGAUACAUGAAAGAAUUCACAGUGGAGAGAAGCCCUAUCAAUGUAAACAGUGUAGUAAAACAUUCCGGCAAUCUGCAGCUCUUCAGCAACAUGAAAGAAUUCACAGUGGAGAGAAACCCUAUAAAUGUAAACAGUGUAGUAAAACAUUCCGGCAAUCUGGAACUCUUCAUAAACAUGAAAGAAGUCACAGUGGAGAGAAAACCUAUGAAUGCAAACAGUGUAGUAAAACAUACAGUUAUGCCAGUAGUCUUUGGGCACAUGAAAGAAUUCACAGUGGAGAGAAAACCUAUGAAUGCAAACAGUGUAGUAAAACAUUCAGUUGUUCCAGUAAUCUUCGGAUACAUGAAAGAAUUCAUAAUGGAGAGAAACCCUAUGAAUGUAAACAGUGUAGUAAAACAUUCCGGCAAUCUGGUGGUCUUCAGAAACAUAAAAGAAUUCAUAGUGGAGAGAAACCCUAUGAAUGUAAACAGUGUAGUAAAACAUUCAGUUGUUCCAGUUAUCUUCGGUUACAUGAAAGAAUUCACAGUGGUGAGAAACCCUAUGAAUGUAAACAGUGUAGUAAAACAUUCCGGCAAUCUGGUGGUCUUCAGAAACAUGAAAGAAUUCAUAGUGGAGAGAAACCCUAUGAAUGUAAACAGUGUAGUAAAACAUUCAGUUGUUCCAGUUAUCUUCGGUUACAUGAAAGAAUUCACAGUGGUGAGAAACCCUAUGAAUGUAAACAAUGUAACAGAACAUUCAGGAGAUCCUGUCAUCUUUGGGAACAUAAAAGAAUUCACAAUGGUGAGAAACCCUAUGAAUGUAAACAAUGUGGUAACACAUUCACUUGUUCCAGUAAUCUUCGGAUACAUGUAAGAAUUCACAGUGGUGAGAAACCCUAUGAAUGUAAACUAUGCAGUAAAACAUUCACUAGUUCCAGUAGUCUUCGGAACCAUGAAAGAAUUCACAGUGGUGAGAAAGAAACCUCAUCAAUGUAACCAUGUAGUCUAAUAUUCAUUUAAGCUAGUUUUCUGAUAUUGAAAGGAUCUCACAGUGGAAAGAAACCCAGUGGAUAUAAACAGCAAAACAUUGAUUCAAGUCUGUCAUCUUUGUCAUCAUGAAAUAACUCACAGUGGAGAGAAAUUUGAUGAAUAUAAGCAGUGUUGAAAACAUUCUAUUAUUCUGCUCUUUGUAAACAUGAAAGAAUUCACAGUGACGCAAAACCCCCUGAAUGUAAUAGUUAGAUGUUCCACUAAAUUCAAAUACAUGAAAAUAUUCACAAUGGAAAUCAAUCUUGAGCAUAAACUGUAAUAAGAUUAGAAAGAAAGAUGCAACCUAAGAUAUGAUGCAGAGGCUAGUGGUUCAAUGUAAUAGUUUUUGGUGUGAGCUUCUGCACUCCGUGGGUAGUUAUGUUCUGUUUUAUUGUGUCUCUAUCUCUCCAUCUUGUGAUAAUAUAUAAGUAAAUAUCUUUAAAUGUAGGGAUGACAGUUCUAUGAUACAAGUGAACGCAUACCUCUGAUUAUUCUAUAUAUGUAAAGAGUAAGUAUUUUGAUUCUUUGUCUUAAAUUCUAAUAUAUGAAAAAUCCACUUGGUACUGAGAACUUACUGAUGUCAACAGUGCUUAGAUAUAUUGUAAUCAAUAGUGGUCUUUGCACAUAUAAGAUCACUGGAAUUAGAAAAACAAGAAAAAGAAAAACAAUUCUUGCCCUAGGAGUCGAGUGGUAGUGUAUUGAGUUAAGUGCACGUAGUGCAACGCACAAGGACCAACAUGAGGAUCCUGGUUCAAGCCCCCGGCUCCCCACCUGCAGGGGAGUUGCUUGACAAGCAUUGAAGCAGGUCUGCAGGUAUCUCCCCCUCUCUGUCUUCCACUCCUCUCUCCAUUUCUCUGUCCUAUCCAGCGACAUCAACAACAACAGUUACAACAAUAGAAAAAGGGGGGACAAAAGGGAAUAAAUAAAUGAAUAAUUAAAAAAAAACACAAUUCUUGGGAGUCAGCCAGUUACACAGCAGGUUAAGUACACAUGGCAUCAAGCCAAGGAGUGACAUAAGGAUCCUGGUUUAAUCAUUGAG